GUAAUGUUGUGGAGUAUAAAAUAAACCAGUUCUGAAUGUUUGAUGACAUGAGAAAAAUAGCAACAAAGAAACUAUGAAGGUUAAACAUAGUUUACUUUCAAGGGUCAAAGUUUACAUUUAUGCUAAGUGAAAUUGAAUAGCUGCGAAAUCAAGAUACUUAGAAACCACAUAGAAAUAUUUAGAGACAGAUGACAUCAGAUCAUCGCAUAGAUUAUAGAUUGGCUGAGUCAUAGAGAACAGUGUGGUAGUCUGCCUUAAGUUUCUGGCAGUACCUCAACUGAGACAUUAGCCUAUCAAACGCUAAAGAUACAGUUUCAGUAUUGACUAUACCAGAAAGGAAUCAUGACGCUUGUACUGCCGAUGACCCAGUACCAUUACCACUGCGACUACCCCACCAGUCUUGCUGUGGAGGAUACAUCAAGUGGCGAGUACACUUGGGAAGCUGGACGCAUCACUGCUAGACCUCUCACCCCCCUUGAACCAAUCAGUGAAAACAUUGAAAUCAAAUCAGGUUCAGAAAAUCUGAUUGCAUCAAAGGACUCUGACUUAACCCCAACAAAACCAAUGACGAUUUCAAAAUGCCAGACGGGCAUUAAGCGCAAGUUGGAAUAUCAAGAUAUUGGGGAUUGGCCCAAACCAAAGAGGCCAUCUAUACUGAAUAACACUCCCAAGCAACGACGAGAGGAGAAACGUAAAAUCUUAAAGAUGUCCGUGCAUAAAUUACGAAAUAUUGAUGACCCUGAGACCGUGCUGCAUAAGGCAGUUCUGAUUAAUAACACAAUGAAGCGCAUGCAACGUGAAAUCCGUGAAGAGAAACAAAACAAUGUAUCCCCAAGGAAACGAUUCCAAUACGAAGAAAACACAUCCCCAGUCCCAGAAUAUCUAUCCCAGCCAAGUUGUAUGUACCAAGAGAAACCGAAUGAAACUGAAAAGUCUGUGGAAAAAAUGACUGAUGUUCGAGAUGUCAGUGAGAGAUUAGUUGAUUCUGUACAGUGUAAUGACAUUAAUCCAGAUCGAUCUGACGUUGAAUACUGUCCUUAUAGCUGCCAAGAUAUAAGUGGUAACCAUAGCACAGAAACAUUCUCCAUCAACAUCAUACACACAGACAUCAAUGAUGAAAAUACGCUAGACCAACAAGCAAUCAAAAGGACAGACACAGUCACAGAGAAUAAAGUAUUUGGUGAAAUGGACACAGUUUUCAAUAGUAUUUUAUGUUCCUUGGAGUCAUAGACCUAAGCUGUAAAAAGACCAGAAAAUGAAAUCAAUCGUUUAUUGGGAGAUUUGUCAUAUUAUAUUUAUUCAGUUACGGUCUCUGAUAAACGGAUGAUUAUAUUUUUCUGGCCCCGUAAUAUUGUAGAGAUUCUUAUUAUUUUGAAGGAAACAGCAGUUUUGCAACAUUAAUAUUGUUUUCAUAUGCAAUAAUCCAAAUGAACAGGAAGAGUGUUAUACAGCAUACAUAGGCCAAUGGCAACAUGUGUUAGAUGGAAUGUUAGCCAAACAUAUUUCCUUUAACAAGCUUACUUACACAACUGAAAUGCCUAAAACCAAAAGUGAAGAAUCAAUUUAUUAUUCCCCACAGGGCAUCUUAUUAUUCAGUGUCACCUUGGUAUUAAAUAAGCGUGAUUGUAAAAUCAAAUUAAU